AUGGGUACUUCCGAACAUGUACCGCUGCCGACGGAUGAGACGAAAGCCAAGGAACUCGAAUCGCAACAUUCUGAAGAGCCCGAUAGAGGACAAUGGACUGGAAAGUUCGAUUUCCUGAUGAGUAUGGUUGCCUAUGCCGUUGGUCUCGGUAAUGUGUGGCGAUUCCCGUAUUUGUGCUAUAAAAACGGAGGAGGCUCCUUCCUCGUCGUCUAUGCCAUUUUCUUCUGCCUCGCCGCUGUCCCCAUCUUCAUAAUGGAAGUAACAAUCGGUCAAUACCUUCAAAAAGGUGCCAUGGAAAUGUGGUUGAUGUGUCCGUUGUUCCGUGGUGUUGGAAUUGGAAACGUCGUCAUCGCCUUCAUGUGCAUCGCCUAUUUCUGUGUGAUUGUCGCCUGGGCAAUGUUCUAUAUGAUCAGUUCAAUCAGUUGGGUAUUCCCAUGGGAGACUUGUAACAACUAUUGGAAUGAUGCCACUUGUGUCACUGGAAAAGAGAAUCUGACAGAGUUGACUAGAAUUAAGGCACUUGUCGCCAGCGCCGGUCAACACACUCAAACGUCUGUGGAGCAAUUCUGGGAGAAGCGUGUGCUCCAUGAUACUGGAGACAUUUCAAACUUUGGUGGAAUUCAAUGGGAGCUGUUCUUCAUUAUGGCCGCUGCCUGGCUGAUUGUCUAUUUUGCUCUUUGGAAGGGAAUCACUCAAGCUAGAAAGUUCGUCUACUUCUGCGCCUUGUUCCCAUAUGUUCUGAUUUUCAUUCUCCUAAUCCGUGGACUCACUUUGGAAGGUGCCGCUGAUGGAAUCUAUUUCUAUCUGAAACCGAAUACCACUCGACUUUUGGACACAGCAGUUUGGAAAGACGCAGGAACUCAAGUCUUCUAUUCGUAUGGUGUCGGUUUUGGUGCAUUGAUCGCUCUUGGCUCACACAAUAAGUUUGAUCAUAACUGUUUUAAGGACGCCAUCACCAUGUGUUUCAUCAAUGGUUGCACCUCAAUCACCGCUGGAUUUGCAGUCUUCUCCAUUCUGGGAUACAUGUCUCAUAUUGCACAAAAAGACAUUUCGGAAAUUGUGAAACCGGGAGUCGGAUUGGCAUUCUUGGCUUAUCCAGAAGUGGCAUCAAACCUCCCCAUGAAACAAGUGUUUGCCGUUUUAUUCUUCCUGAUGAUCACAAUUUUGGGAUUGGAUUCUCAAGUUUGUAUGGUUGAGGGACUGUUUACGGCACUGGAAGACGCUUUCCCGAUUCUGAGAAAACAUAAGAAGCUGUCACUUGGAAUAUUCUGCUUGUUCUUCUUCAUUCUUGGAAUUCCAAUGGUUUCUUAUUCUGGCUCUCACUGGCUCACACUAGUCGACGCAUACGGUGCAUCUGGAUACGCUCUCUUGUUUGUCGUCUUCUUUGAAGUCGUCGGAUUGGCUUACGGAUUUGGAGCUCACAAUAUUAGACAUGCUCUAAAGGAAAUGGUCGGAAUCAACUUGCCAGUCUUCAUUGAAUACAUUUGGAAGUUCUGUGCCCCCGCGACGAGCUUGGUCCUUUUCGUAUUCUGUAUCGUCUACUACCACCCUGUCCAAUACCCGGACCGUCGAGACUUCCCCGACUGGGCUAAUGCAUUCGGAUGGUUCCUUUCGUCGUGUUCCAUGGUUGUCAUUCCUGGAUAUGCUGUCUACUACUUGCUCUUCACCAAUAAGCAUCUUACUUUCAAGGAGCGCGUUCGCAAAGGACUCAACUUGGAUGGCUCGUUCGAAUCUCCGGCCAAAAAGAAUUUGGUCCGCAAUGCCGAAGAGCUGAAAUUCAUCGAAUCUACACCAAAUUAA